UGUAGCUGAGCACCACAAUCCACCUCCCACCACAAACCCCCCACCCCAACCCCGGGGAGUGGUCAGAGAGGAUGUGGGUGUUCAGGAGGCAUUGUGUUUACCUGGCAUUCUGCCUUUCAAGCAUUCCACGUAACGCACUGACAGGUCCCAGAAACACCUCCCCCACUUGUUUGCAACUUCCCCAUCUGCUGGAAGAAGCUGAGUCCAUUCAGCACAUUGCUAACUCUGCUAUUCAAUUGGAAGUUGCUGUUAUGCUCCUUAUUCUUGCAGAGAUGUGACUGACCAUUCGGUUUGCUUUCCAGCUGACCAGAGAAUUUCCAUUUACUGUCAAGCCUGAUCGAUAAACAUUCCCAAUAGCCAGAAGGACCAACCCAAGAAGUGGUGACAGUUUGAGGACUGCUUCCAAUCUCAGUCCAAGUGAGACCUGAAGGCACUGAUGAAAGACAGAGGCUUCCUCUCUGACACCAUGUCAAGACACACCAUCCGCGUGAACAGGAGCCAGAGCCCGGCUCCAUCUGCUCACGUGGAGACCGUUCUCCUGAGUGGGUCCUCUGUCUGUCACAGCCAGCCGAGAGCUGUCUACCCAGACCCAGAGCCUGUUUCCGGAGAAUCCCAUAGCCACUGCCAACCUGUGCGAUGGGUUUGCCGGGAGAUCUCCCCUCCGUACCCCAGCUGCUCAGAGCAGGUCAAGCCUGAGCCAGGGCUGGGCAGAUCCCAGACCUUCACAGUCACCAGUCAGAAGCCUCCAAUCCACGAUGGAUGUCGGCGAAUCACUGCAGCUCGAGUAAAACCACACCCCGGUCGUCAGGAGGUGCUAAACCCCUCAGAACAGACCUGGAGAAACUCUGAAACGUCAAAAUCAAACUGUGCUGGAAAUGAUCCAUUAUCUCCCACCUUAGACGCAACUAUUGAAAAUCUCAACAACCUGAUUUUAGAGCUGGAUCCCACCUUUCAGCCAAUCAGCACCCAUAACCAAGGAAAUAGGUUCCUGAGCAGCAACAGCAGAUCCCUGGAUAGGGCCAAUGAGGCCCCAUUGGAUGGACAUCACCCAGGAAUUCUGAUUUAUGACGAAUGGGAUUCGGGAAGAACAAGCAACUCUCAGCACAGCAUUACGUCAAUCAAUGACGAUCACCAAUCCGAUUCGCUGGGAAUCCAAACCACUGAUACCUCAACCAAUCCUCAAUACCAUCAGCUGCCCAACUCUUCUCGAUACAACAGGCUCGAUACUGGACAUCCCUCUUCCACGCCUAGCUCCCUUCCUGCUACCCCAGGAUUCUCCCGUUCUGCUGGUUCACCACAUUGUAACUCCUCUCUUGGUUCCCAAAGUGUGAACACCUUUCCUGGUCAAACUGGACUGUCGUCACUGGGACCUGCACUGAGUUCAAAGCAGCAACAGGGGACAGCAUGCUCUGCUCCAGUCUCCAUAUCCCCACACCAGGGCUCUCAUCCUAUCCCUGUGCCAGCUUCAAGCAGUUACGCUGCUCCCAGUGCCAUCUUCAUGCCAAAUGCAGCUGAACAAUAUGGUACCUCACCUGCACACAAAAGCACCCAGAGAGGAGCAGCGACAUCCUAUCUGUCAACCUCAGCAGGUUCAGAAAUCAUACUCAACGCUGACCAUACGAGUCACACAGACAGUGCUAUCUCCUUGCUGUCAACCUCACCAGCCUGGGACACACUGGGAAGCUCCCAGUCUCUGCUGAGUGAUGAUGGAGAGGCAGGACGGAUUUAUAGAUCUACUGGAAGCACAUAUGGAUCAUCUGGAUCGUUUGUAAACCUGUCUAGCCCUUACACUGCUUCACCCGGCUCAUACAAGAGCUCUGUCAGUGACCAGCAGCUUCACCAGGCUCCUGGGCAUCCUGUAGACUAUCGGACUGUGCCACGCUCCCGGGGGAAAGGUGACCACACGAGUCAACAAGCAGCCCCUGGCAGUGCCCUGGGUAAGCCAGCAGUGUCCCAGGUUAAAGAGCAUGCCAGUAGCUGCCCACCAUCUGCUGCCAGUUCCUGGACAGACAUCCCCAUCCUCUUGGUGAAUGGGAGCACACAGUACUUGGAGCAAAACGCUCACAAGUUGAAGAAUGACAGACACCAGUCCGGCUCUGCAAGUACACCGAGUCUGCCCCUCAAUACUUGUUCCAACCUUCGGUUCGCAAAGGCUUCCAGUACCCCCUCCCUUAAAGAUCUACUGUGUGAGAUACAGCCUACAGUUAAAUUUGUACAAGAUACAUCCAAGUUUUGGUACAAACCGAAUAUCAGCCGGGAUCAAGCGGUGAAAAUGUUGAAAGACAAGGAGCCGGGUGCAUUUGUUAUUCGAGAAAGCUCCACGUACGUUGGUUCAUUUGGAUUGGCCAUGAAAGUGUCUGCAGGAGAUCUCAGAAACUCAGAGGAAACGCCAGAUUCUCCCUCUGAUUUGGUCCGGCAUUUUCUGAUUGAAUUCUCCCGAAAAGGAGUGUGUUUGAAAGGAUGUCCCCAAGAGCCAUAUUUUGGGAGCCUGUCAGCUCUUGUCUACCAACACUGCAUCACUGCCAUGAGCUUACCUUGUAAACUACGCCUGCCAGACAGAGACUGUUUGAACGACAAGAGUGAAGCAGGUAGUCCAGACUCAACCGACAGCUCCAUGUCUCCCCCGAGAAAGCAGAGUGCAGCAUAUUGUGUUCUGUACCUGAGCUCAGUAAACAUGGAGUCUCUGACAGGGCCGCAGGCUGUGCUCAAGGCAGCUUCCUUAACACUAGAAAAGGAGCCACGGCCUCAACCCAUCGUCGUCCAGUUCAAAGUGACUGAUCAAGGCAUCACAUUGACUGACAGCAAGAGGAAGCUUUUUUUCAGACGACACUAUUCUGCCGGUUCUGUCAAUCACUGUGGUUUGGAUCCACUGCAGAGGAAGUGGCGUAAGGAUAAUGAACCUUCCAGGCUUUUUGCUUUUGUGGCGAAGAAACCAGGUGACUCAUCAGAAAACGUCUGUCACCUAUUUGCAGAGUUUGAGCAGGAGCAUUCUGCUCACUUCAUCAUUAACCUUGUGUCUAAAGUUGUCCUGGAACCAUACAGAAUGUGAGCAGGAGCAGAGAAACUGUGGAGAGUUCCAAAACUCAAGCUUGCAGAGUUCAUGCUGGGACCCUGCUCAUGGUGGUCAGUGUGGGUCACUCAGAGCUGGAGGCUGAUGCACUGCAGUGAAAUCCCACUGGCUGGUUAACCGGGCACUUCCACAAUGCCACCUCUUGUAUCUUGUUUCACAGCUGCAGCUAAACACUGAGAGAUUUGUCAGUAACCCUCCAUGAACACAAGGCUGUGCUGGAAUGAUAUCCUGUUGGUGCUCUGUCAGUGCAUGGAAUAUAUGUGCAGCUUUUUACAAAAGCCAUAUUUAUUAUAACAUUACAAUCCUACUGCAGCAUCUGUUCCCUGCCUUGCAGCAUUGUCGAAUGUAACAUAUUUCUCAUGAAAAUUGUUCCACAUCCAACAUCAUUAUCACAUCACCAUAAUGUUAGUAAUAUCAACAACUCAUCACCUCUCCAUCUCAUCUACUAUUGAUUGACCUGCCGUGUCAAUUUAAUCACCCAAACUCUCCUCCCAUUCCUCUAGCUUCAACCUCUCUCUGUUACCAAACUACCCACCUCAUUCAGAGAAUUCAUCCUUCUUUAGCUUGUCUUCACUCCCUCCAACAGGCAUCAAAACCUCGGUUUGCUCUUCCUUUUAGUUCUAUGGAUUUGGAUGUGGCUGGGCCCAGCAUUUAUUGCCCGUCCGUAAUUACCCCCUUGAGAAGGUGGGGGUGAGCUGUCUUCCUGAACCGCUGCAGCCCAUGUGCUGGAGGUAGACCCACGAUGCCCCUUUGGGAGGGAAUUCCAGGAUUUUGACCCAGUGACAGUAAAGGAACGGGGAUACAUUUCCAGGUCAGGGUGGUGAGUGGUUUGGAGGGGAACUCGCAGUUGGAGGUGUUCCCAUGUAUCUGCUGCCCUCAUCCUUCAGAUGGAAGUGGUUGUGGGUUUGGAAGGUGCUGACGAAGGAGAAUGGUGAAUUUCUGCAAGUGCACUGGACAGAUUUGUGAUAGAAUCAUCACAGAGUGCUAGAACAGGGAGGAAGCCAUUCAGCCCAUUGUUAUUGUGCUGGCUCUCAGCCCACUUCUCGACAGCUUCAUGAAUGUCCUCUUUCAGAUAUUUAGUGAGUUCCCUGAAUGAUGUUUUGAGGCAGGGCUCAUCAUGAUCUGACUCUGCAUUAAAAAUGUCAUCAUGUCACCUCUGGAUGUUUUUUCCAAUCACCGUGGGAGUCCCCUCUGGUUAAUGACCCUCCUCCCAGUGAAAACAGUGCUGCCUCAUUCACUCAAACAAACCAUCAAACACCCUGAUAUCAAAUCUCCUCUAAACCUUCUAAUCCCAGCUUCACCAGUCUCUCCACAAUCACCUUCUCAUUCCCAAUCAAAUCCCCUUUCAGUAAAUCCCUCCCCACAGGGUUCUAAAAGGGAGUUUACAGAAACUGACAAAAUACCCUGCCUCUGAACAGAGCUAUUUUAAAAACAUUUGGUGUAACUUUGUGAACUUUUUCAUUUCUUUCACCCUCAUUUAAAAAAUUAUCAUCACCUGUAUAUUCCCUCUACCUGCUCCCUUCAGCUGUGCAUCACUUUGUAUUUCUUGGGGUUAAAUUGCAUCAGCCUCUUGUCUGCCCAACAUCAACUCUCUCCCUGUCCUCCUGAAUCCUAUUGCGAUCCUCCUUCGCUUUACCUACAUUGCAGAGUUUGUGUCCUGUUUCCUCAGGUUGACUAAAUUAAUUAACCCUGGGUAUCUGAAACUCAUUGCCUGAAAAAGCGAUAGAGGCAGGAAAGCUUGAACGUCUCUCAGAACUGCUCAGACAAGUGUUUGAAAUGCUGUAGCACAAAGGCUACAGGUCAAGUGCUGGAAAAAUGCAACUGGAAUAGUUGGAUGUGUGAUGACCAGCACAGACACAAUGGGCUGAAGGGCCUCUUUCUGUGCUGUGAAAACUCAAAGACAAACUGUGGUCCUGAUGCUGGUCCCUUAGAGUCACCGCUGUUUAUUUCAGUCUAACCUGAAAAACAUCCCUUUAUCAUUGCUAACUCUCUCUGAGCCAGCAUUGGCUCUCUCCCUGGCAUCCCACAGGCUUGAAUCUUGUAAACUAGUCUGAACCCAGGCUUUCAAUCGAAUGCCAUCAGAAAGUGUAUAACCACAAGAUCCACUGCAUUACCCUCAGCAAUGUCUCUGUCAGUAUAUCUAAAAACACAGAUGGUUCCUGUUUCCAGAAUUCAAGCUGUUUUAUUCUGAGAGGUACGGAUUAUGUCUCAUUUCUCCAGGUCAUGUCAUUGGGUGUAAUACCGGACUGGGUUGCAUGAUUUUUGUGGGGAUGAGGGAGAACCUGAAUCCAUGUGACCCCACCACCUCCGACCCUCCCACUGUGCUGCCUCUUGUGGCCAAACAUUCCCAAACAGUUUCACAGCUGACCCUGAAAAACACAGCAGGUAAUAAAGGAUUAAUAAAGUGAUUGGGCUCUCUAGUUAGUUCUUGCAGAAUUGCAAGUGGCAGCCACUUGCCACACUCGCUGACCCUCUGUAAUAUGGUGCCAGGAUGUCACACUGUAGACCGUCCCUCGGGCCUUACCCAGGGUGUGGGCCACACCUGAAGUGAGUGUACAAUCCAGCCCCUUCUUUAGGAUGUUCCAAACAGUCUGUAACUUAAUUAAUGCUGGUGUUUAUCAUUUUUGAUACUGUACUUACAAAAUAAAAUAUGUCUAUC